AUGCCGCUACCGACAGUCGUGACGCUGCUGGGAGGGCUCUUCGCUGCUGGUUCUAUUGCUAACGUCAUCCGCGUGGACACCAGCAACAUGAUCGGCGAGAGGAUCACCAACAGACUGAGACAGGACACGUACGCGUCAAUCCUACGGCAGGAGCUGGGCUUCUUCGACUCGUCGCGCACGGGCGAGCUGCUGAACCGGCUGAGCGCGGACACGACGCUGAUCGGCAAGGUGCUGAGUGACAAUGUGGCGGGCGGACUGCGCAGCACUGGACAGGCGCUGGGCAGCAUCACCAUGAUCUUCAUCACGUGCCCGAAGCUGGCGAUGGUCAUGCUGUCCGUGGUGCCGCCCAUUGCGCUCGGUGCUGUGAGCUACGGACGAUAUGUGAAGAAGCUGACGACCAAGGUGCAGACCCAGUUGAGUGAAGCGACCGAAGUGGCCGAGGAGAAACUCGGCAAUAUUCGAGUUGUGCGGUGGUUCGCGAAGGAGCCGCAUGAGGUGGAAGCGCACCGUGGUAAGGUGGAUGAAGUGCUGGCUUUGGCUCGGAAGCGCUCGCUCGCUAGCGCCACGUUCUUUGGCGGUGUGGAUUUGGGCGUGAAGAUGAGCAUGUUGGGUGUUCUUGGAUACGGAGGUCAAAUGGUUGUGGAUGGAGUGCUCACCAGCGGCGACCUCACUUCGUUCUUGCUGUAUACGCUGUAUGUUGGAUUCUCGUUCGCUGGCCUUUCUUCAUUUUAUGCCGAGUUGAUGAAGGGCAUCGGAGCCUCCUCGCGUGUCUUCGAGCUGCUUCAACGCCAACCGAAGAUUCGAGCACCAGAGGGAGGUUGGGCACCAUUACCGAUGCCGUUCACGGGUCACAUUCGGUUCCAGGACGUUGCGUUUGCAUACCCUACCCGUCCCGACUCGCAGAUUUUCCGUGACCUGAACUUGGAGGUGCUACCUAAUGAGACCCUGGCGCUUGUUGGUCCGAGCGGCUGUGGUAAGUCUUCGGUCACGUCACUUCUUGCACGUUUCUACGAGUUGGACCAGGUUGGCUGCGGCGGAAAGAUCACUUUGGAUGGAGCAGACAUUUCGACUCUCAACCCGGCGGAGCUGCGCGGUCUUAUGGGUGCGGUUCCUCAGGAACCGCCACUUUUUGCGUGCUCAAUCAGGGAUAACAUUGCCUACGGCUGCUCUGAGGGCCAGGAAGCGACACUGGAGGAUGUUAUCCACGCAGCAAAGACUGCGAACGCUCACGAUUUCAUCAUGUCUUUCCCUAACGGAUACGACACGAUUGUUGGUGAGCGUGGCCAAGCUCUUUCGGGUGGCCAGAAGCAGCGCGUAGCCAUUGCUCGUGCGCUGGUAAAGCGCCCCAAGAUCCUCAUCCUUGAUGAGGCUACGUCAGCUCUGGACCCAGAGAGUGAGAGACUUGUGCAAGAUGCCGUGGACCGCGCUAAGCAGGGCCGUACGGUUAUUCUGGUGGCACACAGACUAUCGACUAUCAAGAGCGCUGACCGCAUAGCCGUGAUCUCGGAUGGCCGUGUGGUGGAGCAGGGAACCUUUAACGAGCUUGCCGCUCGUGAGGACAGUACUUUUAAGCAGGUUGUCCUGAACGGGCAGAACUAA